GACCACCUGGGAGGAGGAGACAGAAAGCGGGUGGGCUUUGGCCCUGGGCAGGGUUUCUCGGCCUGACCAAUGGCCUCGAGAGGGUGGGGCCAGGUGGUAGCCAGCAGGUCAGGUGAGCAGUGCCCGGGGACACUUUGGUACAGGCUCUGUGGAGGAGCCAGGCCUCGGGCCUCCUGGAGUUCCUGCAGCCUUGACAGGAAGCCUGGGGAGCCGUGUCCAGCAGGGACCCAACUUCACACCGCAGCCCAGGAGAAACUGCCUGGUCCACCUCCUGGCCACUGUAGGUGGCCCUGGCUUGGGAUUCUUCCCGGGGGCCUGCUCAGAGCCAAGAGGGGCGAGGGCAGGUCGGGGCAACGCCAAGUCCCACAGAGGCCGGGACUCAACUGACCUUGAGGUCGACCCUAGAGCACUUGAAUCUGGCUCAUCAUAGAGACCCCCCAGGAUGACAAGGUCCAACGGAGCUCAGAGUCACAGCCAGGCAGGCCAGGGGCUCAGGAAGGAGGCCCUCAGGUCCCAGGCCUCCUCCAAUGGGUGGAGAGUCUGAGUGUGUCCACUCCGAGGUCCCUCUUGCUGACCUCACAAACCCCUGCACCCAGGGCCAAAGAGGAGGAUGGCCCUACCUGCUCCGUCCUGCAGAGAUGGAGAUGGGGACAGCCACGUCCUCCAAGGUCAUCAGUGGAUUCCAGAAGUGGGGCUUUUAAAGAUCAAACCUCCCAAGUUUUCAGUAGUGCCAAUUAGCUCAGAGUAGCUCCCAGUCACCGUCGGGGGGAGCGGGCCUGUGCCACGGCCCCUGCGUAGCGGCCGGAGACCCCCGUUUCCUCAUCUAUAAAGUAGGAACACAAUAGUUGUGACCCUGGGAUUGAGGGACAAGCACCCAGGCCCCGCCCCCAACCUCCCACACGCCCGGCCUCUGGCGGGGCCACCUAGCUGGCCACACUGAGGUCACCCCGCCACCCGGAGCCUCCACUUCUCCCCAGGGGGCCCCUAGACACACGGCUGCUGCCUUGGGCCAGGCCCGAGGGUGUGGGAGGCAGGGAGACGCCCACUUGGGGACCCUGCAGGGGGAGCAGGCGGUGGAGCAGAGCUGGGAGGGUGGGCCUAGCCGGCGCCUGGUACACAGUAGGUGCUCCAUAAAUGUUUAUUGAAUGAAUGAAUGGAGGCCAUGCAGGCAGAGGCAGCCGUGGCGCGGGCACUGGUGAAAGCAGGCCCAGUGGAGACUGGAACCAGGUGACCGAUGGGGCGCUUCCCUCCUGACCCCGUCUCUUGUGCCCUUGGUGCCGCUCUCCAGUCUCCUGUGGGGAUCUUCUGAAGUUCUGAGCCCAGAACCUGAGGAGGAAGAGGAGGAGGAGGAGGAGGAGCAAGUCGAGGCCGAGAGCCGUGGUCCUUCCCACCCGGAGGCCAGGAGCCGGCCAGCAGCAGGCUCUGGGUGCCCGCACCCUGGCCAGGCCCCCUGCCUGCUGGUAGCUCCCCGGCCCAGCUGUUGGCACCCGCCGUGCCCACCUUGCCUGGGGCCCCCACGCUGGGGGUCGCCCCCAAGAUGGUGGCGGCCCCCGGGAGGACUGUGCCGCCAGCCCCAGCCUCUGGCCGCUAGGCACCCCAGCUUGGCCCUCCGCUCAGCCCUCCGAGGCCCGCGCCAUGCUGCGCCUGGGGCUGUGCGCGGCCGCGCUGCUCUGCGUGUGCGGGCCGGGGGCCGUGCGUGCCGACUGCUGGCUCAUCGAGGGGGACAAGGGCUACGUGUGGCUGGCCAUCUGCAGCCAGAACCAGCCGCCCUACGAGACCAUCCCGCAGCACAUCAACAGCACGGUGCACGACCUGCGGCUCAACGAGAACAAGCUCAAGGCCGUGCUCUACUCCUCGCUCAACCGCUUCGGGAACCUCACCGACCUCAACCUGACCAAGAACGAGAUCUCCUACAUCGAGGACGGCGCCUUCCUGGGCCAGUCCAGCCUGCAGGUGCUGCAGCUGGGCUACAACCGGCUGAGCAACCUGACCGAGGGCAUGCUGCGCGGCAUGGGCCGCCUGCAGUUCCUCUUCGUGCAGCACAACCUCAUCGAGGUGGUGACGCCCACCGCCUUCUCCGAGUGCCCGAGCCUCAUCAGCAUCGACCUGUCCUCCAACCGCCUCAGCCGCCUGGACGGCGCCACCUUCGCCAGCCUGGCCAGCCUGAUGGUGUGCGAGCUGGCCGGCAACCCCUUCAACUGCGAGUGCGACCUCUUCGGCUUCCUCGCCUGGCUCGUCGUCUUCAACAACGUCACCAAGAACUAUGACCGGCUGCAGUGCGAGUCGCCCAGGGAGUUCGCAGGCUACCCGCUGCUCGUGCCCCGGCCCUACCACAGCCUCAACGCCAUCACCGUCCUGCAGGCCAAGUGCCGCAACGGCUCGCUGCCCGCCCGGCCCCAGAGCCACCCCACGCCCUACUCCACCGACGCCCAGAGGGAGCCCGACGAGAACUCGGGCUUCAACCCCGACGAGAUCCUCUCGGUGGAGCCGCCGGCCUCGUCCACCACAGACGCCUCCGCGGGGCCCGCCAUCAAGCUGCACCACGUCACCUUCACCUCGGCCACCCUGGUGGUCAUCAUCCCACACCCCUACAGCAAGAUGUACGUCCUGGUCCAGUACAACAGCAGCUACUUCUCGGACGUCAUGACGCUCAAGAACAAGAAGGAGAUCGUGACGCUGGACAAGCUGCGGGCGCACACCGAGUACACCUUCUGCGUGACCUCGCUGCGCAACAGCCGCCGCUUCAACCACACCUGCCUGACCUUCACCACGAGGGACCCGGUGCCCGGGGACCUGGCGCCCAGCACCUCCACCACCACCCACUACAUCAUGACCAUCCUGGGCUGCCUCUUCGGCAUGGUCAUCGUGCUGGGCGCCGUCUACUACUGCCUGCGCAGGCGGCGCCUGCAGGAGGAGAAGCAGAAGUCCGUCAAUGUCAAGAAGACCAUCCUGGAGAUGCGCUACGGGGCCGACGUGGACGCCGGCUCCAUCGUCCACGCCGCCCAGAAGCUGGGCGAGCCCCCCGUGCUGCCCGUGGCCCGCAUGUCCUCCAUCCCCUCCAUGAUUGGAGAGAAGCUGCCUGCCUCCAAGGGACUGGAGGCCGGGCUGGACACACCCAAGGUGGCCACCAAAGGCAACUAUAUCGAGGUGCGCACAGGGGCAGGGGGGGACGGCCUGGCCCGUCCAGAGGAUGACCUCCCGGAGCUGGAAAACGGCCAGGGCUCGGCCGCCGAGAUCUCCACCAUCGCCAAGGAGGUGGACAAGGUCAACCAGAUCAUCAACAACUGUAUUGAUGCCCUCAAGCUGGACUCGGCCUCUUUCCUGGGGGCUGGCAGUGGUGGCGGGGACCCUGAGCUGGCCUUCGAGUGCCAGUCCCUCCCUCCAGCCGCCACCACCUCCACGGCCACCGCCCCUGGGGCGCUGGAGCGGCCCGGCUUCCUCUCUCCCCCCUACAAGGAGAGCUCCCACCAUCCGCUGCAGCGCCAGCUCAGCGCCGACGCCGCGGUCACCCGCAAGACCUGCAGCGUGUCGUCCAGCGGCUCCAUCAAGAGCGCCAAAGUCUUCAGCCUGGACGUGCCCGACCACCCGGCCGCCCCGGGGCUGGCCAAGGGCGACUCCAAGUACAUCGAGAAGGGCAGCCCCCUCAACAGCCCGCUGGACCGGCUCCCGCUGGUGCCCGCGGGCAGCAGCGGGGGCAGCGGCGGGGGCGGGGGCAUCCACCACCUGGAGGUGAAGCCCGCCUACCACUGCAGCGAGCACCGGCACAGCUUCCCCGCCCUCUACUACGAGGAGGGCGCCGACAGCCUGAGCCAGCGCGUGUCCUUCCUCAAGCCGCUGACCCGCUCCAAGCGCGACUCCACCUACUCCCAGCUGUCCCCCAGACACUACUACUCAGGGUACUCCUCCAGCCCCGAGUACUCGUCCGAGAGCACGCACAAGAUCUGGGAGCGCUUCCGGCCCUACAAGAAGCACCACCGCGAGGAGGUGUACAUGGCCGCCGGCCACGCCCUGCGCAAGAAGGUCCAGUUCGCCAAGGACGAGGACCUGCACGACAUCCUGGAUUACUGGAAGGGGGUCUCGGCCCAGCAGAAGCUGUGACCCUCUCCUCCCUGGUGAGGCUGCAGGGGGAGGGCCAGGGCGCUCCGGGGUAGGGCCCCGGGGGCCGGGCGGGCAGGGGCGGACGGCCCAGGCGGAGGAGUGGACGCACACGCACACCCGCACGCACGCACCACGCACACACCUGACCACCACCUGACUGUGAACCAACCAACACCGACAAUAACGGACAGGAAAACAAGACACAUUUUCCUUAAAGUUUACAAACUGAUACCGAAAUCAGUCGUCUUUACUGUGCUGCCCAGGGACGCUGCCCGGCGUGCGGGGCUGGGCCAGGGGCAGGCGAGGAGGCCA